ACUAAUGGAUAGAUGAUCACCAAACUUUGUCUGUACCAUUCCUUGGUAGUCUUUAAUCAAGUUUGUUUAUACUCAUUUGAUUGGCCCCUUUAAGGGGCCGCUCAAGCUAAAAAUAGAAAUACCUUUAAACGCCUAUAUCUAGAGAACUAAUUGAUGGGUGAUCACUAACCUUUGUCUGUAAUAUUCUUGGGUAGCCUUUCAUCAAAUUUGCUCAUAUUAAUUUGAUUAGCCCCUUUUAGGGGUCUCUAGAGCUAAAAAUAAAAAAAAACAAACUUUAAACGUCUUCUUCUAUUGAACUUUUGGAUUAAUGAUCACCAAAUUUUGUCUGUAGCAUUCUUAGGUAGUCUUUUAUCAAGUUUGAUCACAUGAAUUUGAUUGGCACCAUUUAGGGGCCACUAGAGCUAAAAAUAGAAAUACCUUUAAAUGUCUAUUUCUAGAGACGAUCACCAAACUUUGAAGCAUUAUUAUUGCGAUACUGUGAUUAUGAUCCACUUAUCAGUUAAGAAUCGAUUGAAAAAAUAAUCUUACUGCUUAUUAAAUCUUUUUCAAAUUUACUUUUUCAGAAUGAUACCAAUGUAUAUGCAUUUGAAGACCUUGAUGAACUGACAACCACUUCUCAUAAUUUUGUCAAAAAUAUCAAUAGUUGUUUUGGUUUACAAGCAACAGAGUAGUAGCAGGCAACAUUAAGGGUUCACUGUGUAAACCUCUGUACUACCUACUGAAAAUAUAACCGGUAUACAGAACCAAAGAGAAUAAGAGAGUUCAUUCUGUUACAAUUGAAUAAAGGGCCAAUGACCAUCUAUUAAACAAAAGAAAAUAACAAAAGAAAUAGCAGCUUAUCCAAUCUAGGUCGCAUGUUAUGUUUCAGUCAAAAAACUUGUCCUGACUUCUCAAAAACCUUAAUGGAAUUAUCAAUACCAUGGCCAGUUUUGCAUGUUGUCAGCAUUUUCUAGUUCAUUGAUUUUGUAAUGAUAUUUAUAUUUAAAAAGUUGUCCAUACUACAUCUCUUUUAAAUUUGUAUACAUGUAGAAAGACAUAUGCUAUCCAUAAACUGAAAAUAAUUGUAUAUAAAUAGUGAUAAUUGUAUAUUUUUAUAUGAGUGUAACAAGUAUAAAAAUAUGAAUAUAUAUGUUUGAUGAUUUAACAAGGAACUUAUGGUUUUUACUGCUAAUUGUAGAAUGAUGAGAGUGAUGAAAUCCAUGACGAUAGUUUGGAGGAUCCUCACUUAGCUACAAUCCGGCUGGCGAUGAUGAGAGUGCAGAAAUGUUGUCAGGAAGCCCACCAGAUACUGUUUUAGAUCGCAGUGGCAGGUCAUUGAUGAACAAAGCUUUUAUCAUGGAGAAAAUUGAAACAUGGCAACCAAUGCAGCCAACAGAUGAACCUGAUGCGACAGUUUCAUUACCUGUUAUAAAUAUAUGUGAAGAUUCACUGAAGACAGUUAUGGCAGGAAGACCAGAAAAGGUUACCCCAGAGAAUGGUAAGGCAGGAAAUGUAAUAGGCAUCACCGAAGUGGAAGUAACAACAGAGAGCAAAGAAAACAACAUGGAAGAGGAUAGUAAAAAAACCGAUGAUAACAGAAAUGAAAGGAGGAUAAGAAGAAGGACAAAGUCUUCAUCAUUUGCUGUUGAAGAAAAGGUUUUGCCAGUGUUCAAGUAUGCAGGGAAAGAUGGUCCAACCAAGUGGCACGAAGCAACCAUACAAAACUCCAUACUAAAUAGAUUGCGAUAUAGUGUCAAAUUUGAUGAUGGAAUUGUAAGGAUAGUGAAAAGAAGUGAGAUACAGUCAACAUAAAAUAUAGUAAGGAUUUGUGUGAUGUGAAAUAUUUGAGCAGACUGAUUUAUUUUCCCAUAUCUUUAUAUUAAUAAGGAGUGCUAUCAGAUAAAGGUGUAUUGUGCCACAAUUCUGUUAAUUUUUUGUACCACCCCACCCUUUGAAGGUGUUGCUUUCCAAAGUGAUCAGCUUCCUAUUUCAGGAAAGGGGAAAGAAUAGUCCUUUCAAAAUCUUACCGUGCAUCCUCUUUUUUUCAGACAUCAAAUUUUUACCACCCAGCUUAUUUAUAACAUCUUUCAUUUAAUACUUUGAAUAAUAGGAAACAAAAAAAUAUGACCAAAUUACAUCCUUCCCUCCUUUGACGUAUACAACUAAUUUAUCUCUGCUUGCUCAAAAUAU